CCUGAUGCUUAUAACGUCUAGUAUCGGUACGCUUAUUGUCACAUCACGGACGCAGUUGAAGUUCAUGGUGACCGACUCACGUUCAAAAAAUUAAUCUGUGGAGUUUCGUUGAUUUGGUUUGAAAUUAUAACAUUAUGAUUAGUUAUUACAAUUUACUGCGGUUUUUUAAUUAUUCCCCUUCGUGGAACGCAAGUGAUCGAUGAUUCUCAUCAUAUAACAAGUGCUGUGAAGUCAAAUAUAAGUUCAUUGAAAUUCCUACAGUUGAAUUAUUCUCGAUCGCUGCCAUUAUUUCGAAAAAUUAUUGGCAAUGACUUGUGAAGAACUAUGUGACGAUGCAUUGGCGAAAGAACGAUCCAUCGACACUGCGAUUGAAUUAGCAGGAACAGGAAAAUUCACCUGCAAAAUUAUAAUCAUAGGUGCAUUGAUUGUACUGAAUGCAUCAUUUGUGACGACGAGUGUAAGUCUGAUAUUCCCUGCAGCUUCUUGUGACUUCAAUUUAAGUAGUCUGGACCAGGGAGUUAUAACUGCAACUCCUCUUUUAGGUAUGAUAUUUGGUUCCUAUUUCUACGGUUGCUUGGCCGAUUUGAGUGGACGAAAAAAGGCCCUAAUAAUAACUUUAUUCUCCCAGGGAUUAUUUGAAGCUCUAUCAGCUAUUGUUUCAAAUUACUGGGGAUUUUUGGUUUUCAAAUUUCUGAGUGGAUUUUCGUUGAUUGCUCAGAAUGGAGUGGGAUAUCCAUAUGUCGGCGAAUGUUUACCACCGAAACUCCGACGCGAAGUGCUUUGCGCAUUGGAAGUUGCAUGGAUAGUUGGAAUGAUAAUAUUGCCAGGGUUUGCUUGGGCAAUCAUUCCACUAGAAUUCACUUAUACAACUGAUUAUUUCUUCUUCCAUUCAUGGAACCUUUUUGUACUCUUGUAUUCACUUCUUGCACCGGGAUUGGCGUUAUGGCUCUUGACAUUUCCCGAAACUCCAAAGUAUCUUGCAGAUAGUGGAGAAGAUGCAAAACUCGCUAAAGCACUAGGAGUUAUGCAUUCAGAAAAUACGGGAAAAUCAUUCAAUGAUUAUCUUGAAGCCUUAACGAAGCAUGAUUUGCGUCAACUUCGCACACGCUUGGAAACUCAGGAGAGCCGAAAACAUCAUCUCUCUAAAUCCGAGAGAACCAAAAAGAUGUGCAGAGAAAUUUUGGGCAAUACGGCAAAAUUAUUGAGACGUCCAUUCUUGAAACAAACUACGCUUAUUUGUACACUUCAAUUCUGCAUCGGUUCGACGUAUUUUUCUUUUACUCUGUGGUUUGCAGAAUUGAUCCGAAGAUUGGAGAACUUUGAGGCCAUGUUUCCAGGGGAAUCCUCAUGGAUCUGUAGUGUUGUCCCUAAAGAAGUUUCUGCAAAUAUAACGGUUGAAACGGGGGAAUGCUGCCCAGAAAUUCCCAUGAAUGUUUACAUGCACACUUUAAUCAUUAGUCUGGCAUGCCUACCUUCGAAUAUUCUAGUCCCACUUUGCAUACAAAAACUUGGAUAUAGAUUUUUCAUAGUGACAUAUAAUGCUGGUGCAUUCUGCAUAGCAGCUGGAUUAUUUUUCGUACAAUCAUCAGUUCAAAACCUCAUCUUAUCAGCAUUUUAUGAAGCGUUCACUUCAGUUGGUUUAGCUUUAGUGCUGGUAGUCAUUAUAGAAUUAUAUCCCACGCAAAUUAGAGCAACAGCGUCAGCAUUUGGUAUGUUACUAGGAAGAAUAGGUGGAGUCUUCGGGAAUCUACUCAUUGGAUAUCUGAUUGAUAAAUACUGUGGCUCUUUCAUCGUAAUAACUAUGGCUCAACUUUUAGUUUGUGUAAUCAUCGGUUUCAUACUGCCAGUGAAAAGAGGACAGAAGAAGACAGUGAACGAAAUUUGCGAAUCACCAGUGUAUAAGAUAGAUAACACACACCUCUAGUUGAAAUAAUAUAAAAUUUCAAAAUAGUUUUCUCUACAUAUGAAUAUUUAUCAAUUUUUUAUACACAAUCCUUCGGUGGUUAAUUACACACGUUUUCGAUAAACCUUUUUUGACAAGUGUGUUCACAAAUUUUCCCUGAAAAUAGUAUCCUGCAAUGGAAAUCCAGAUUAUUAUGAAAAUAAAAUAAAACUAAGCGUUAUGAGCAGUUUUUCAUAUCAUCUCACCAAUUGUUAUUAAAUGGUAUUUUUGAUCUUUCUUUCAAUGGUUACGUUUAGCGGGGUUUCUUUCCUUCUAGAACAACUCAACCGACAGCUUUGUAGACCAAACGAAAUGUGUAAUCAUAAAUGUAUAUGGUAGUAUA